AUUGGAAUCAAUUGUCGGCUUCAUGUCGUCCCGAUCGCGGUGUCCCGCGAGUCUUUCAAACCAAAACAUAACCUUACAAUUGCGCAAGAAUCGCCGUUGAUUGUUAUUCUCGAUCGAGUGUUUGAAUAAAACGGUUGAAAAGAAUAUCUCAGGACAAUGGAGGAUGAAGGGAUGGAAUUGAGUGCUGAGAACAGUGAAAUUAAUGAUGAGAUCCAUGGGGCGGAGGAGGAGGAGGGUAGUCUGGAGGCUCCAGAGGGUGAAGAAUGCGAUCUGGGAGAUGAGGAUGAUGAUGAGGAUGACAAUGAUGACGCGGAUGAGGCUGAGGUGAGGCAGUUAGAGGAAGUUCUUGCGGAGAAUCCUUACGAUUACGCCAGCCAUGUGGCGGUUAUCUCCAAGCUCCAGAAGAUUGGGGAUUUGGAGAGACUCAGGAUUGCCAGAGAGAGAAUGACUGACAGGUAUCCUUUGAGUCCGGAGUUGUGGCUUUCGUGGAUCAGGGAUGAGAUGAAACUCGCUGUGAGUGAGGAAGAGAGGAGGGCUGUGGAGGAACUCUGCGAACGAGCUGUUAAGGACUAUUUGUCUAUUGAGAUAUGGCUGGAGUAUCUCCAAUUCAGCAUUGGAUCAAUGGGGAGUGACAAAGCUACAACAGACAAAGUAAGACAAUUAUUUGAGAGAGCACUAACAGCAGCUGGUCUGCAUGUAACCAAAGGUGCUAUUAUUUGGGAAGCUUUUCGCGAGUUUGAGAUGGUACUGGUCUCAUUGGCAUCAAACGACACUGAGAAAAAGGAGCAAUUAAAUCGAGUUGGUACUCUCUUUCGUCGUCAGUUGGGCUGUCCACUCCUCGAUAUGGAGAAAACUUCAGACGAAUUCAAAACCUGGCGCUCUGAGGAAGGAAAAGAAGCAACAAUGGACGACAAUACCAUCACUGUAGUCUACAAACGUGCCUUAGAUACGUUAAACUCUCGCCUACCAUUCGAGGAGAAACUAUUAUCAUCCCAGAAUGAGAGUGAACUCCUCGACUUCUACAAAGCAUACCUCCUUUACGAGAAACAGCACGGGGAUCCAGGCCGGGUCAUAGUCCUGUACGAAAGAGCAGUAACCGACCUGAGCCUUGAGUGGCAGCUGUGGCUGGACUACCUUGAGUACGUCGAUUCCAAGAUCAAAAUGGAGGCAGUUCUGUCACCGAUCUAUGAACGAGCCACAAGGAAUGUCCCCUGGGUGUCGAAAAUCUGGAUUAAAUGGAUGAGAUCUCUUGAAAAAUGGGAGAAACCGCUGUUAGAGGUCCAGAGGAUUCUGGAGCUAGCACUGGUCGCUGGAUUCUCCAGUGCUGAAGAGUACAGGAACGUGUGGAUGACGUAUCUGGAGUAUUUGCGUCGAAGGGUGGACCCAGACUCUCCUGAGAAGGAGAAGCAACUCGACGUGCUUGACAAAGGGUUCAACAAAGCCUGUGAGCACUUAGCAAAGUCUUUUGGCCUCGAUGGAGAUCCCCAGUGCGUUGUGCUACAGUAUUGGGCAAGGACUGAAGCCAUUCAUGCUGGCAACAUGGAGAAAUGCAGGAGCUUGUGGUCGGAUAUAUUAUCUCAGGGGCAUUCAGAGAGGGCUGCUAGUUGGCUGGAAUACAUAACUCUGGAGAAAUGUUAUGGGGACACCAAACACCUCCGCAAACUGUAUCAGAAGGCUCUGGCUGCCGUCAAAGACUGGCCGGAGAGUAUAGCCAACUCUUGGAUCGAUUUUGAGAGGGAUGAGGGGACCCUGGAGCAGGUGGAGAAUUGUGAAAUUAAAAGCAGGGAGAAAUUGGAGAAAAUUGCUGAGGAGAGGGGAAGAGCUCAAGACAAGGGGGAAGGAAAGUUGGAGAUUGGGAAGAAGGAGAUGAUUAAAACAGGAAAGAGGAGGCAUGAGGAAGUUGGUGGAAAGUGGGAGAAUCUCGGAGUUCCUGCAAGGAAACAGAAUAAAUUAGAGCGGGCUCCAGCUAAAGCCCAACCUCGGCUUGAGAAGAACAAAGGAAUUGUUGAGGAAAAGAAUGAGAGGAAAGUAACGCCUCCUCCAGGGUUUAAACCACCUUCAGAGGAGGAGUCAAUGGAUAUCAGUCAUGACGUUGACGACAAAAUAUCCGUCUUCGUUAGUAACUUGGAUUAUGCAACCACUGAGGAGGAAAUUAGGACGGCUCUGAAACCUGUUGGACCAAUAAGUUUCGUCAAACUUAUUACUGACUAUAAGGGGAGGAGCAAGGGUUUUUGUUAUGUUACUUUGAGUAGUUCUAAUGCUGUCGAGGAUGCUUUAAAAUUGGAUAGAACACCAAUCAAUGGGCGGCCCAUGUUUAUCUCUCGCUGUGACCCGAAUAAAACAACUCGGGCAAACGCUUUUAAAUAUGCAUCGACUUUGGAGGCGAAUAAGCUUUUCGUUAAAGGACUUCCGGUGAAAACUACAAAAGAAGACCUAGAGAUGAUAUUCAAGGCUUAUGGAUCCCUGAAGGACGUCCGAAUAGUUACAUAUCGGAAUGGCCACUCGAAAGGUCUCGCUUAUGUGGAAUUCGAGGAUGAAACUUCAGCGAGUAAAGCAGUACUAGCAACCGAUGGAUUAACUAUCGAUGAUAAGGUAAUAAGUGUAGCAAUUAGUAAACCUCCUGAACGGAAGAAGAACCCAGAAGAGCCUCUGAUCAAGUCCCUGGGUGGUACUACAACCAGUAGAACCCACUUUGGGGUACCUAAGACUCUCCUAUCGAUGAUUCCACGAAAUGUCAAGCCCGCAGCGAAUGGUAUUACUGCAGGGAAAACCAAUACUAAACCACUGAAUAAUCAAGAUUUUCGAAACAUGCUUUUGAAUAAAAAAUCGUAAUACAAUGCUAUUUAUUAUCCUUACAAUAUAACGUCAUAAAAAUCGAGAUGUGAUGAACGUGAAAAUGAUCUAUGAAAAAUGUCAAUUUAUACUUCGUGUUGCGACUUAAAGUUAGGUUUGCAAGAGUAAAAGAAGUACAAUUACCAUAGGAAUAAUAAUAAAUAGAAGAGAGAUUUAUGUACAGAAAAAA